AAGCCUUUACCUUCUCUUUCUUCUUCGUCUUCACAAAACACGCACUUACGCUCUAUUGUGUGUGGGAAUCUGGCCACGGAAAUGAAUGAACAGGCCGCAAAAACUCUGGAAGGAACGGAAAUGGAAAAUUCGAAGCCACUCAAGGAAGAAGAAAUUCGAGAAAAAAUUGGGAAAGAUGAUGAACGGAGUGGAGGAAGUAGUUGUUUUCCAGUUCAGAGUACUUCAAUUGGAGUAGCAGAAGAAUCAAAAGAAUCUGAAUUUAAAGUUCUUCCGUCCGCACAAUUGUCGGAGAGUGAUUUCAAAUCCAAUUUUAGUUUCUCGUCUGAACGUCUCUCUGAGGUGCCGGUGGAAUAUUCUCUGCAACCGCUAGUCUCGGAUGAUGAAAUUAAGGAUCAAGUAAGAGUCACCCUCGAGGAACCUUUAAUUGGUAAUACUGGUCGCCAUGUUGAGACACAUAACCUGAGAAAGGUAUAUGAUGGUCCGUCCAAGUUGAAUCUCUCCCCAACUUCCACUUCAGAGAAUAUUUCACCAGGUUCAUGUUCAGCUUUACAAGAAAGAAAAUCAUCACCUGUAGAGAAUGGAAACAACUCAUGUCUGGCAGAACAAGACAGGCAGAAUUCUUCAAACCCGAAACUGUUAUCAGCACCUAAGCUGAAGACUUCUACUGAUGGGUACAAUUGGCGGAAAUAUGGUCAAAAGCAAGUAAAGAGUCCUGAAGGUUCUCGGAGCUAUUACAGAUGCACGUUUUCUGAAUGUCAUGCCAAGAAGAUUGAGUGCUGUGAUCAGUUUGGCAAUGUCAUUGAGAUUGUUUAUAGAAGUCAUCACAAUCAUGAUCCACCUCAAAAGGUAAACUGCACAAGGGAAAGUAGGCAUGCGUUAUCAGUGGUGCCGGCCAAUGAGAGUGACAAUGCAGCUCGUCCACUGAGAGCUAUUAAUGAGUCCUCUUUGGAAAAACCUUCAGUGGAGAUGGCUCAGAUACCCGAGACAAAGCAACAGGAUGCAACUAAUUCUGAUGAGAAUGUGGAAAUUAGUACAAAGGAAGAACAUGUUAAUGAACUUGAACUUAAAAAAAGGCCGAAGAAAAGUGUCACCGGCGAUGUGGUAACCAUCGCCAAACCUGGAAAGAAAUCUAAAACUGUUGUUGAGGAGGCUGGUGAUGUGGGGAUAUCAGGAGAUGGCUACAGGUGGCGCAAGUAUGGACAGAAGAUGGUGAAAGGGAACUGUCAUCCUAGGAACUACUACAGAUGUACAUCAGCCGGAUGUCCUGUUCGGAAGCACACUGAGAAGGCUACAGAUAGUUCAAGUGCUGUAAUAGUAUCAUACACAGGAGUACAUGAUCAUGAAAUGCCGGUUCCAAAGAAAACUCGAGGCCCAACAAGUGAUCCUCUAGUUGCUACUGCAUCUCCUGGUUCCUUGAACAAUGUGCAAAUUAAUGAGACUGAAGCGUAACUAAUAAGAAAUCUAUUAAAAGUUUAGGCAUUGAAUCUGGACGGGAGAAAACAGUGGGAUCCGAUCAGACCCCGGUGAGCAUGGAUUUGAAAUAAAGCCUAGUUGAAACCGAAUGAGGACUUCAAAGUGGGAUGGACACCACUGGAAGAGUUAUUAAGAUACGUUGCUCUUAAUGGAAGUAUGUAACUUCAAAUAAUCUUAUUUGAUUAUUUGCUCUUUAUUUUUUCUUGUAUUUUCUUCUUAUUUUAGCUUUAGUAUCGGUAAUUUGGCAUAGGUUGGUUAUUGUGGUAGUGUUUUAAAACUGAUUUUGGUUAACUUUUGUACAUUAGUGUGGAACAAAUGAAUUAGGUGUCUUUUUAUCGAGGGUUGAUUAUGUGCAAAAUUUCAUAAAUCGUUGGUGGUGAGAUUUGAA